AUGGCGUGGUUGCUUCGCUUCAUUAAACGCUGUCGUAAAAGGGAGCUAAAAUAUCAUGACUAUGGACUCACUGCAGAAGAGAUUGAUGCUGCCGAGCACCUGUUAUGCCUGCGCGUUCAAUCAGAAGCUUUCGCUUCAGAACUUGACUGCAUCGAACUUGGUCAAGGUGUACCAAAGGACAGCGCAUUAAAACAACUUUCGCCAUACUUGGAUAACGACGGGUUACUUCGCGUGCGAGGCCGCAUAGAUGCAGCCACCGUCUUGCCGUAUAACGCCAGAAGGCCAAUUAUACUUCCAUACGGACACAUCUUCACGCGAUUGGUCGUUCGUUACCAUCAUUGCCAGAAGAAGCACCAGAAUCACGAGGCGACUUUAAGCAAUAUUCGUCGAAAAUACUGGAUUCCCAGAAUAAGACAGCUCUUACGAAGCGUAAUAGCCGAAUGUUACCUCUGUCGUAUCAGCAAGGCAGAACCUCACGCACCCAUGAUGGGUCCUCUCCCUGAAGUUCGCCUCGAGCCCUACGUACGGCCGUUUACCUAUACGGGGCUCGACUAUUUCGGGCCUAUUUCAAUUACUGUCGGUCGGCGUAAGGAAAAGCGUUGGGUCGCGCUGUUUACGUGCCUCACCGUGCGCGCAAUCCACCUGGAAAUCGCCCACGACUUAUCGACGGACUCGUGCAUAAUAGCCAUGCGCAAUUUCAUGAACAGGAGAGGGGUUCCCGCACGCUUAAGAUCCGACAACGGAAAAAACUUUAUAGGAGCCAACGAAGAAGCGAAACGUUUUUCUGAGGUUUUUGAUACCGAACGUGUGCAAAACGAAUUGUCCACCAAGGGAGUUGAAUGGUUUUUUAACUGCCCCGCCAAUCCGUCUGAAGGGGGUGUUUGGGAAAGGAUGGUACAGUGCGUUAAAAGGGUUCUUCGACAUUCAUUGAAAGAAGUAGCACCGCGUGAGCAUGUCUUGCAAAGCUUCCUUAUAGAAGCAGAAAAUAUAGUUAAUUCACGCCCAUUGACGCACUUACCCAUCUCUCCGGACGAAGAAGAGCCGUUAACACCGAACAAUUUCCUGAUUGGCGUGGGUAAUGCUCCGAACACGCCUACGGUAAAUGCCCCGGAUGAAAGGAUAUUUGGUUUGCGCAAGCAGUGGCGCAUAGCGCGNUGA